AUGGCUCGUACUCGUGCGUCGCGUUCGUCGGGGGCUGGUGCGCCACAGAAGAAGAGCUCAUCGUCCGGCUCCGCCUCGCGCGCCAGCGGCCCAAAGGUCCUGGCCCGCGCUGCCGGCGGCGGUAGCGCCUCCCCGGCCAAGCGCGGCUACGGCCCAAGCAACCACGCCCAGAAGUGCGCGACGCCCCAGUGGCAGCGCAGCAUCAGCGCGGCCAUGCCGGGCCUGGCCCUGAACCCCAACUGCAAGCCGCCUGCGGCCCGCGAGCUCAACGUUGAGGCGACGAGCAGCGCCGAUGAUCGCGAUGUGGUGUCGGCUGACGAGCAGCAGCAGCCUUCGGCGAAGAAGACGACUUCGACGCCGAAGAGGAAGAGGAAGUCGGACAAGGAGGCGAAGGCCAACGAUGACGAAGGGGAGAUCGGCACCAAUCAAAAGAAGAAGCAAAAGAUUAGGAAGACGAAGGAGAGCAACAAGAAGAAGGUGAGGGGGGAGGAGAAGGGUCCGAAGAGGGCGCGGUCGGCCUACAUCUACUUCACGUCGGACAAGCGGGCCGAGGUGAAGGCCCAGAACCCGGAGCUCAAGUUUGGCGACGUCACCAAGAAGCUCGCCGAGGCCUGGAAGGCCCUCUCCCCCGAAGACAAACAGAAAUAUGAGGAGAUGGCGCGUCAGGACAGGGAGAGGUUCGACGACGAGAAGAACGGCAACACCACGAGCACGCCCCGCGAUGCGGAGGACGAAGCAGAGGAGGCCGAGGCCGAGGCGGAGAAGCUGGACCUCAGCGCUGGGGUGGUGCUGGACGACAUGGGCGAAGACAACGACGACGGCGAGGGAGACGACGAAGGGGAGCAGGAAGUGGUAGAGGUGACCCGGGAGACGCCCAAGAAGAAGAGGCGUGUGGUGCUCGAGGAGGACGAGCUCUCCGAGGACUUCUAA